CGAGCGAUCACUCGUCGUUUUCUGCCUCUGGUCGCCCACACAGCUGCGCUAGUUCAUUCUUGAUUUUCCUCCUUUUUCCAGAUCUAUAAACACGCCAAAACCUUCGCCGCCUCCUCUCGAUUCGAUCUCGUCGCGCUGCAUUGCCUGCGGAAUCUGAGGUCUGAAGACCAUUGCGUGUCCGCCGUAGGCGGGGUUGGGUUCGAGCUAGGGGGAAGCGGAGGUGGGAGAAUGGGUGCGAAAUACACGAGGGGGUGCACCGGGUGGCUGAUCGUGCUCGUGGUGGCGGCGCUGGUUGUCGCCGCAGUCGUCUUCGCCGUCGUGAAGAAGCACCGCCACAGAGAUGUGCUCCCGGUGCCGGGGCCGCCCGGGAGCCUCGACCAGAAGUAUGCUGAUGCGCUAGGCGUGGCUCUGCAGUUCUUCCAAGUUCAAAAGUGUAUGCUCGCUGGUAAACUGGUGGAUAAUAAAAUCACUUGGAGAGGGGACUCGGCUUUGGACGACGGAAAUCAGGCAGGACUAGACCUCUCAAAAGGAAUGUAUGAUGCAGGUGACCACAUGAAAUUUGGUUUUCCGAUGGCAUAUACUGCAACAGUGUUAUCGUGGUCAAUUCUUGAAUAUGGAGAUCAAAUGUCUACUGCCAAGCAGCUGGAUCCAGCUCUAGAUGCUCUCAAGUGGAUCACAGAUUAUUUGAUUAAUGCCCACCCUUCUGACAAUGUGUUAUUUGUCCAGGUAGGAGAUCCUGAUAUAGACCACAAAUGUUGGGAAAGAGCAGAAACAAUGGCUGAGAAUAGACCGCUGACACAGAUUAACAAAACUGCACCUGGAAGUGAUGUGGCUGCUGAAACUGCUGCAGCCAUGGCUGCAGCUUCCUUGGUUUUCAAAAGUACUGACAGUAGAUAUUCAGAUUUGCUCCUUCAGCAUGCCAAGAAAUUAUUUACUUUUGCGAAUAAUUAUAGAGGUAUCUACAGCGACAGCAUUCCAAAGGUCCAGAAUUUCUAUAAUUCUACUGGAUAUGGGGAUGAACUCUUGUGGGCAGCUAGUUGGCUUUAUCAUGCCACUGGUGACCAAAGUUAUCUAGAUUACGUGACUGUAAAGAAUGGAAAUUCUUUUGCUGACUGGGGCAGACCAACUUGGUUCAGCUGGGAUGACAAACGUGCCGGUACUCAGGUACUUUUGUCCAGAGUACAUUUCUUUGGUUCAAGGCAAUUGUCGAGUGGGGAAAUGAAGGACCUCCAAUCGUAUAGAGAAACAGCUGAAGCUGUUAUAUGCGGCUUGUUACCAGAUUCCCCGACGGCCACUUCCAGUAGAACAGAAGGUGGCUUGGUAUGGAUAGAUGAGUGGGAUGCUCUUCAACAUCCUGUGGCUGCAUCAUUCUUGGCUGUUGUUUACAGUGACUACAUGCUUACUUCUAGCACGCCAAAAAUCCAAUGCAGUGGGAAAACUUUUACUCCCUCUGAUCUUCGAAGCUUUGCUACAUCCCAGGUUGAUUACAUCUUGGGUGACAAUCCAAUGAAGCUUAGUUACCUUGUGGGAUAUGGAAACAGCUAUCCGCAACAGGUUCACCACAGGGGAGCAUCAAUCCCCGCGGACGCCACCACGGGAUGUAAUGGUUUCCAGUGGCUCUCUUCUACUGAACCAAAUCCAAAUGUAGCCCAGGGAGCGCUUGUGGGCGGACCAUUUAAGAACGACUCCUAUAUUGAUCUCCGAAACAACUCGAUGCAGAGUGAACCUAGUACCUACAACAGUGCUGCGCUUGUUGGAUUAUUAUCUGGCCUCGUUACCACCUCGUCUGUUAGCACUUCUUUCCGCUGAUCAGCCACUGCUUUUACACAUCAAUUGUAUCUCUCUCUAGUGAUGAGUGAGUUUCCUCUGCUAUGUUUCACGAAUGUUCAUUCCGACAGCUCCUCAGGCUGAUUGCAGCAAAACUAAGGUACACCUAUAAAAUUUAGGACAAGUUUCAUUUUAACUUCUCAAACUUAAAGCAUAACUCAGGCAAAGGGGGCCUCACGCAAAUUAGUGUGCAAGCUCCCCUUCAUCCUGGAAUUCUUCUGGUACUAGAACAUAGUUCAUUCACAACGACUAGUAUCCCAAGGAUCUUGCUCAUGUUGCUUCAUUAUAUUUUAUGGGUCCUCUGAAGAAAACUUGCGAGUUCUAAAGAUAA